AUGUCUCUGCUCCCGCCCAGCCAAAAUCAAGCUGGUCCUUCAACCUCCUCCGAGACUCUCCACGCUCACUCCAAGAGCGAUACAGCCCUAACUUCAAGACAGAGGGAGAAAGCCCCGUUGCGGAAGAACGUAGAUGUGGAUGAGAUCAAAUUCGAUGACAAUGGACUUGAUCAGGAAAUCGAUCUACUCAUCUCUCAAUACCUCGAAUCAAGGAAUAUACCGACCAUAACGCAAUUUUGGAAUGAGAAUGUAUUAGGUAUGAAUGAUUCGAGGGAGAAGAAAGAGUGGAUAGAAGAUGUUGAAAGAUGUAUACUAGAUGGCGACUACAGCUCGAUAGAAGGACUAAUCUCCAAACCUGGUUUACUCAAAUAUCAAACUCAGAAAUCUUUCUUGUAUCUAUGUUGGAGACAACAGUUCUUAGAGCAUGUAGAGAAUAGAGAAUCUCAAAAGGCUUUCAACCUCUUGUCCAAACGACUAAAACCAUUAGAACAUUAUCAACCUGUCCCCUACGAUUUUUACUCCUUGUCGUACUUGACAUCAGCUUCGACCGUACAUGAUGCUCCUACGUUUCGAGAUUGGGCGGGAGUAGGACCUGAGAGGGAGAAGUUGGUAGCUGUAUGGAGGGAGUUGAUGGGUAGUGAGAGAUGUGAUGAUAGCGAGAAACGAUAUGUCGCUCCUGAUAGGCUGCGGACUCUACUUAAACAGGCUGCUGCCUGGCAAAUUAGUCAGGUUGGAUAUGCAGGUGAUGCAGGAGCAGUGAAAAUACCUACCCUGUUGACAGACUAUCGACCAUUACAACUCCCUGAUCGGUUAUACCACCUCAUCAAAGGCCAUACGGCGAAUGUGAAAUGUGUAGACCUGAUUGGAUCUCAUGGGGAACUAGGAGUCAGCGGAGCGAGCGAUUCUACCCUUCGGAUAUUCUCUACUGAAGAUUACACCACCAAGCAUGUAUUGCAAGGUCAUACAUCUAGAAUAUGGAGUUGUUCUACUUCCGACUCUGGAUCACUGAUCGCUAGUGGUUCGGGAGAUGGGUCGAUCCGAUUUUGGGAUGUGGCGAGUGGAGAAUGUAUGAAUGUCCUGUAUGGUGAUGGAGGGGAUGUGUAUAGUGUCAAGUGGAGACCUGGAAGAGAGGACCAAGUGGUUUCAGCGAGCUACGAUAGGAUCUUACGUUCAUGGGAUAUCGAAACGUCCAAACAACUUCGGACGUUCUCGGGUCAUAGUCAAUCUACUUUGGCAGUCACUUUUGAUUAUACGGGUAAUAUGAUCGCUUCGGGAUCGAAAGAUAAACAUAUAAGAUUGUGGGACGCAGUAGGCGGAACGUGCAUCAAGAAUAUUACUGGAUGUCUCGGUGAGAUAACUUCGGUAGAAUUCGAUCAACAAGGCAGAUACCUCUUGGCGGGAUGUAAAGAUAAUUCCAAUAGAUUAUGGGACUUGCGUAUGCAACGCAACAUAUACAGAUAUACAGGCCACCAAAAUACUUCUAAAAACCUAAUUAGAUGUUCGUUCGCCCACGACGCAUCGUUGAUCAUUGGAGGAUCGGAAGAUGGUUGUAUCUAUCUAUGGGAGAGGGAAGGUCCUUCUUCGACCUCAUCGUCGUCAAUGAUAGCUCCAGAUCAAAAAAGUUUAUUACCCCAACAACCGAAUGGUACACCGUCGUUUUAUCCCCCCAGGGAGAAGACAAUGACAACUACAGAUAAGACGAGUAUCCAGACUGUCAGACCGCUGAAGGUAUUGGAAGGACAUGGAGAGGGAAGUGUGUUUGAUGUGGUUUGGAAGGAUGGGAAGGUGCUGAGUGCUGGUGAAGAUGGGUUGGUAGGUGUUUGGGGUACGUAA